CCCAAUUGAGAAAAAUGGCGACGGUGUUUUUGUCCGCCGAUGCAUGCAAGACAUGGGAUAAGUCUGGAAAAGCAGACUUUGUAAAAGCAUGCAAGUCUCUUGGUGAAGAUAGUUUCUAUAGAAAAGAUACCAAAUCUGUACAGAGGGCAUUGUAUGAAUUAUGUUGGAGUGUGUUGAAAGGACAGCUCAAGCAAGACCAAUGUAUUUCUACCAUUGGGGAAAUCAACGACCAAAUGAAGGGAAUCGGUUCACUACUGGCUGACACGCUAGCUACAAUUGAUGUGGAAUGCAGUUGCUAUGACGACAAACAUCAACGUGAUCGCUUAAAUUCACUAUUGGCUUCCUGUAGUUCAAUUAUAACUGAGCCUGUAAUGAAAGAAAGAUUUGAUCAAGAGACAUUAGAGGUAGUAGGAAUCAUCCAAUCUAAACAACUGUUUCAACAAAAAUAUGUUAAAACAAAGACACGAUUAUACUAUAAACAACAGAAAUUUAAUUUAUUACGUGAAGAAAGUGAAGGUUAUUCAAAACUGGUAUCAGAGCUGAACCAGGAAAUAACUGAAAAAGUUACUCCUGUUCAAGUACUGGAAAAUAUUAAAUCACUUAUUGGUUGUUUUGAUCUAGAUCCUAAUAGGGUAUUAGAUAUUAUGUUAGAAGCGUUUGAAUGUAACUUAGAAUCAGAGUCUUUCUACAUUCCACUAUUACGAGCCUACAUGACCGACAAAUCUACACUUUGUCAAGUAAUGGGAUUCAGAUUCCAUUUUUAUGAGCCUACUCAGGGUAUAGAAACACCAACUUCCUUGUAUAAAGUAACUGCCUUGUUAUUAAAACAUGAACUGUUGAAUUUAAAUGAUUUGUAUCCACAUUUAUUACCAGAAGAUAGUGCUAUUUCUGACUUCCAUAAAACGGAGCUGAGUGAGGCUAGGAGUUAUGCUAAAAAAUUAAACUUGGUUAUUUUAUCUGAUAAAAAAGACGAUGAAAAAGAUAAAGAAGAUUUAACUAAAGUUGAUAUGCGUAUAAAUAAUCAGAAACUUGGAAUUUGUGAAGCUUUAUUGGAAAUUGGUGCAUGGGAUAAUGCUAAAUCAAUUCUAGAUAAAUUACCUGAAUUUUUCCCUGGUUCUCAUCCACCUAUAGCCAAAGCUUUGUGUUUAUUAAUACAUAAAGUUAUAGAACCUUUAUAUAGAAAAAAUACAACGUUACCUCCACAGUUGUGUAAGAAGAAAGUUGUUAUUGAUAAGUUAUGUAUAGAACCUGUCAAGACGUUCAGACGUUUACACCAUAUAGCCUUUCCUAUGUUGUAUUAUUUAGGACCACAUGCCUCCUUAGAUCCCGUUCUAUUCAUGAAACUUGUCCGACUUGGGAAAACAUUUAUGAAUAUGAGAAGUGAUGGUGGAGUUGGACCAGAAGAUGAAGUGGCUUAUUUUGGUUUUUUAAAUAUAUUAGAUAGUGUGAUAUUUCCCAGUCUAUCUUUAUUACCCUGUAAUUGUUGUAUAUCAGAAGAAUUGUGGGGUUUCCUUAAAUUAUAUCCAUAUGAAAUCAGAUAUAGGUUAUAUGGUCGAUGGAAGAAUGAAAUCUAUUCACAACAAGCCUGUUUAGUACGAGCUAGAGCUGAUUGUUUAGAAAGAGCCAAAUAUAUCAUGAAACGAUUAGCUAAAGAGAAUGUGAAGCAGUCUGGUCGACAGUUAGGAAAACUUUGUCAUAGUAAUCCUGCCAUUAUGUUUGAAUUUGUUUUAUCUCAAAUACAAAGAUAUGAUAAUUUUAUUGGACCUGUUGUUGACUGUUUAAAAUUUCUUACAUCCCUUUCAUAUGAUAUUCUUAGCUAUUGUAUUAUAGAAGCCGUAGCCAACCCUGAAAAAGAAAGAUUAAAAACCGAUGAUACUAACAUAUCAUUAUGGCUUCAAAGUCUUGCCAAUUUUGCUGGAAUGAUAUGUCGUAAAUAUACUGUUGAUCUCUCCGGCAUGAUGCAAUAUGUAGCUAAUCAGUUGAAAGCUGGAAAAAGUUUUGAUCUGUUAUUAUUACGAGAAAUUGUAACAAAGAUGGCUGGAAUAGAAGUAUCCGAAGAAGUAACCAAUGAUCAAUUAGAAGCUAUGUCAGGUGGAGAAUUACUCCGUCAAGAGGGUGGUUAUUUUUCUCAAGUAAGAAAUACCAAGAAAUCGUCAACAAGAUUAAAAGAUACUUUAUUAGAACAUGAUUUAGCGUUAUCAUUAUGUAUUCUAAUGGCUCAGCAAAGAGAUAGUGUUAUUUAUCAUGAAGAUCAAAAUAGACAUCUUAAACUAGUUGGAAAAUUAUAUGAUCAGUGUCAAGAUACACUCUGUCAGUUUGGUACAUUUCUAUCCAUGCAGUUGAGUACAGAAGAAUUUGUGAAACGAUUACCUUCCAUAGAUGUUUUAGUUUCUGAAUAUCACGUACCACCAGAUGCUGCCUUUUUCCUUACCAGACCUCAAUAUACACAUUUAAUCAGCGUUCGCUAUGAAGAACUCAGGAAGAUAGAUAAAUCGAAUAAGACAACUAGUCAGAACAAGACACAGAGAUAUAUAGAAGCUGCAGAAGAAGUUAUGAAACCUGCUGUAGAUACUGUUAGACAGAUCUAUGAACAGAAAAUAUGGGAUGAUCUCAGUCCACAAUUCUAUGCAACUUUCUGGUCACUUUCCAUGUAUGAUCUGUUCACUCCUAAACAAGCCUAUGAAAAACAAACUGCCGCACUGAAUAGUCAGAUAGCUGCUAUUGAAGAUAAUAGAGACAUGCCUCAUAGUAAGAAGAAGAAAGAAAAAGAAAGAUGUCAGAAUUUAAUCGAGAAAUUAAAAGAAGAGGAGAAACGUCAGAAUGAUCAUACAUCAAGAGUUUUAGCAAGAUUAAAGAAAUCUAAGGAUCAGUGGUUCCUAUCACGUGUAACAAAGAAUGAAGCUGUAACACAUUUUCUACAGUUAUGUGUGUUUCCUCGAUGUAUAUUUACUGCCAGUGAUGCUGUUUAUUGUUCAAAGUUUAUACAUGUUUUACAUCAACUGAAAACACCCAACUUUUCAACCCUUAUCUGUUAUGAUAGGAUAUUUUGUGAUAUUACAUAUUGUGUAACAAGUUGUACAGAAAAUGAAGCACAUCGUUACGGCAGAUUUCUGUGUACAACUUUAGACACUGUGAUGAAAUGGCAUAGUGAUAAAACAUCUUAUGAAAAGGAAUGUGCCACAUAUCCAGGUUUUGUAACAGUAUUUAGAAAGGGUACAGACAGCAGUAAUAAAGCUGAUCAGUUAGAUUUUGAGAACUACAGACAUGUUUGUCACAAGUGGCAUUUCCGAAUAACUAAGUCAAUGGUUUCUAGCCUGGAAUCUGGAAAUUAUAUACAAAUUAGAAACUCACUCAUUGUACUCACAAGAAUUUUACCCCACUACCCUAGAAUAUUACAGUUCUGUCAAGCUUUAGAGAGACGUGUUGAUAGACUUGGUAAAGAAGAAAAAGAAAAGCGACCAGAUUUAUAUGCUCUAGCCCUGGGAUAUGCUGGUCAAUUGAAGAAUAAGAAAUCUACAUGGAUACCAGAACAUGAAUUCCAUAUCAAAGAUAAGGAGGCUCCAAAAUCUAAGAUAUCAAGUAAUGGUGUUUCAAAAUCUGAUGUUAAAAAUGGUGUAAAGAAUUCAUCCAAGACAUCAGAUGUAGAUGGUGAAAAAGGAAAAGAAAAUAAGGAGGUUAGAGAAAAGGUAGAUAAGUCUAAUGAUAAGAAAGUGAAACUUGAUAAACCAUCUGAGAAACGUGAAAAGAAAAUAAAGGAUGAAAGAGAAACAAAAACAUCAUCAGAUGGAUUAGUUGAAUCAAGUGCCAAAUCUAGAGAUCGCUCACCUAAAGAGAAAUCCGACGGGAACAAAGAGAGCAAGAGCAAAGAGGAUAAAAUAUCCAAGGAUGAGGCUAAAAAGAAAGAGAUGAGAAGGGAAGAGAAGGCCAAGUUAAAAGAAGAGAAGCGACGUGAAAAGGAAGAGAGGAGAGAAGAAAGACGUGAAGAAAGAAAACGUAGAAGUGCUAGUAGAGAACGGGAGAAGGGUGUAGAGGAAAGAUCGUCCAGUGUUCAGUCUAAUGGUAGUCAUGGAUCUCAUCGUAGAAGUGCUUCACCUAGACAUGCUGAGGAAAGAGACGUGAAGAGAAGAAAAGUGGAUCUGGAUAAAUCUGGUUCUAAGGACGCUGUUCCAGAAAACAAGAUUAAAUAUAAAAGGAGUCCAUCAACAGAAAGAGAACGAGAAAAGAAAGAAAGAAAAAGGGAACUUUCACAAGAUAGAGAUACAGAAGCAAAGAAAAGAAGAAGUGAAGAGGGACAUUCUCGAUUUGUUUGCAUCCAAAUUCCAGGAUCGAAAAUCAAUGGUGAACCAGAAGUGAUCAGGAAACGAAGUGAAAGCAGUGACAGAGCAAGAGAUAGGUUUGAUUAUGAAAUUACUGCUAAAAGAACUGUUGCUAGAAAGACUGCCUCUUUUGAUGCCGAAGAGUCUCCUAAAUCAAAGAAAAAAGAAAAGGAAAAAGACAAAGUAUCAAAGAAAGUCAAGAAAUAAAGAAGAGGUGUUAAUCAAAUUCUCAGACAAGAUCAAACUCAGUAUAAAAUGUAAAUAAAUUAAUAAUAAUUGUACAUAAUGAUUCUGUAUCAUAUCAUUGGAAAAAAAAUAUUGUGUACAUAACAAUCAUUUACAAUAUCAGAUGGCAAAGAAAUCGUGCUAUUUUUAAUAACACCCAUUUUUUUUUGUCUGUUUAGUAGUUUCUGCAAAAUCUGCUGACAUCUUGAGUUUGUUUUUACAAUACAGUACAUAUAUUAUGUACAGAUGAUAAAAUUUGAUUUUAGUUACAAACUUGCCUUUAUUAAAUUUGAAAAUCUAGUGCUAUAGAUUAAAUCUUAUUUCUUAAGUAGAGGUAUAUCACAUAGUUAUUUGGUUACAAUAUAUUGAAGAACACAGCAGUUUUUAUAAACAUAAGAUGAACAUAUUUCAAGAUUCACUUACUACAAAAAAUAAAAUUAUAUUUUAAAACAA